AUGCAGACGCUGGCGGCCCGCGAACGGUCCGCGGGUGGCCGGGUCAGUGUCCGGACGUACUUUGCUGCCAAGGAUGCCUUGGUGGGCGGCCGGGGCAAAAAGGCUGUUGACUAUGUCUCCACGACGGUCGAUGGAACGGACCACGAUACUCUGGUGCAGUCGGUGGAGGUAUGGGAGGAGAUAUUCUCUUCUGUACGGUAG